UUUUAUUUUAAGUCAAGUUUAACUCGUAAGAUUUGCUAACUACAAUUGUGCAGCGCCAUCUACUAUGCAACCCUUUCACUGAGAACAAGAAAAGCAAAUGGCGUGGUUCUUCGGAUUGUGCUUAUUUGUUUUUAGUUGUAGUGAAUAAAAUUACGAAACAUUCUCUCUAAAUUUCUGAUUUCAUUUCCAAAUGCCAUGAACAAAUAAUGAAGAAUUUCAAGAGCGUCUCCGUGCAAGUGAUAGACAGCGAUAUCGCGUUGUUACUCCCAAACGGAGUAUACGAAAUCAAGCAAAUGGAAUCAAGGUCUAGGUUAAAAUCCGUAUUGUUUAUUUGCGGGGUGAUGGCACUCUUCGGGAUUGUCGGAUUUGGAUACUUUUGUCCUGAUAAGGUAUGUGCUUUAAGUAGUCGAGAGACAGUACAAGUGACAAUAAUAAAUGAUGGAAUGGGCAAACCACUGGCAUCAACUGAUAACAAAGCUGGUCUGAGUUAUGAUGAGAUGUUAAAUGAUGAAUUUGCAUUUGAUAUGAACUCUCCAGAUGUUAUGGUAUUUCUGCAUAUGCAAAAAACUGGUGGUACAUCAUUUGGAAAGCAUUUAGUGCAUGACCUAGACCUACAGAGGCCUUGUUCCUGCCCAAUAUCAAGAAAGAGGUGUCACUGCUUUAGACCCAAAUCAAACCAGAGUUGGUUAUUUAGCAGAUACACUACAGGGUGGAAGUGUGGUUUGCAUGCAGAUUGGACCGAAUUAACCAACUGUGUGGAUGACAAACUGGAUGAAAUGGAAGGUCACCUCGCGAAGCGCCGAUAUUUUUACGUGACGUUGUUACGAGAGCCUGUAGCCCGUUACCUGUCGGAGUUUCGUCACGUGCAGCGUGGUGCCACAUGGAAAGGGAGUCGACACUUUUGUAACAAUCGCCCGGCCACCGACGCAGAAUUACCAGCAUGCUACACGACCGAAACAUGGGAGAACGUCCAGCUUGACGAAUUCAUGUCCUGCGAAUCUAAUCUGGCCGUGAAUCGACAAACGCGCAUGUUGGCUGAUUUAGAGCUAAUCGGCUGCUAUGAUAGCUCGUACAUGCCGGCUGCGGAGCGCAGUCGAGUGAUGCUCGCAAGCGCGAAAAAGAAUCUGCAAUCAAUGGCGUUCUUUGGCCUCACUGAAUAUCAGAGGAUUUCACAGUAUAUAUUUGAACAAACUUUUAAUCUACGAUUUGCGGUGCCGUUUGAACAAAACAACGCAACUGUAUCUAGUCAUACAAUGCCCACCCUAACGCCCGAGCAGGCAGCUAAGGUAGCCCAUCUGAACGAUCUCGAUAUUGAGCUGUACAAUUUCGCAAAGAAGGUACUCUUUGAUCGCUUCAAAAAAUUAAAAGCCCAGGAUCCGAACUUCGAAGAAACGUUCAAGCAUUUGGGCGAGGUGCCCAAUCGCACCGGGGUCACCGGUUUCAAUUGGGACAACUUGGAAGGCUCCGACGAUUACACAACUAAUCCGGUGUGACAAACGCUAAGUAUAAUAUAUUAGUUUUUGCACUGACAAAUCACAAUGACAUUAUUUCAUCAUGCAUAUGAAUGCAAAGCAAACGCGCAGUAUUGUGCGAAUCAUAUACAACUAUUUUAAGACAUACAUAGCCUUACUCAUAACACACAAAGAUGAAUCUUACUGUAUGAAAUUUGAAUAAUUCAAAUAACCAUCCAUCCACGGUAACAUUCUGUUUCAAGAAAAUUACAAAUCGAUUUAACGGCGUAACAAAGCUACUACAAUCGCUGCACAAAUCUUCACUACAUAUAUUAAUUAGGAUGGCAACCUAUUUUAAAUCUCACUGAAUAGUUAACGGUAUUAAAACAACACAUGCGCAAUAAACUUUUCUUGGAACAGUUUGACAACCAAUCAGAUUUAAGUGUAGCUCUGAGAGUGAUUAUUUACAACGAUAUUUUAUUUAAACCAAAGACUUAUUAAUGUUUUAAGUUUGUUCGUUUUUAGCUUAUUUUUAGUUAUUUUGCUAGACAAAAUUUUUGACGCACACACCAUUCGCAAUAAAUUGCAUAUUGCACUAGUAAUUCAUGUGUAAAUUAACUAAGUCUUACAGGGUUUUAUUGCAUUUGGGCAAAUUCGACUUUGACUGGCUAUUAUUACGUGUCAAUGCGAAAAAUCAUGAUUGUACCUUCAAACACAGCAGUUGCAUGCGUAAGAUUAAAAUAACGAUGUUAUUGUUGUAAAAUUACACAUACUGCCAUAUCAUUAUCUUGUUAAACCUAAGUUGUGUGUCCCCUAUUUGUAUAACGGAUGCAAUAUUAUGAAAAAGAUUUGCAUUUAUUGCAUUUAUUAUGGAUCUGACUGAUUUUAUCGAAUCGACUCGAUAUGCACGUUUUCUCUUGUUUGUAACUGACUCACGUUUUGACAUUCUUCCGUAUUUAAGAGUCUUCGAAUUAUUUUAGAGUAAAUGUCCAGUGUCUCUUAAAUUAGAGUUUAGUAUAAUUUGUCUUUGUUAGUACUGAUUAAUUUUAUGAACGUGUUAACGAGCGAUCAACCAAUAAAUGUGUACGCAUGGUAGUUUUUAUGUAUCUCAAGUGAUUACAAUUGUAAAAAAUUAAUAUACGAUAUAUAUUAUAUAUAUAGACAUAUUUUAAGAAAUAAAUUUGUUUACAAAA